AUAAGGAAGCCUAAUUGUGAUUGUUCCCGACUCCAUAGUGUCUUUUUCCAUUUUAGCCCAGCUGUGUAUCUGGACUACAUUGCAGUAAUAAAGUAAAUAACAGAUGCGGGUGAAAGAUCCAACCAAAGCUUUACCUGAGAAAGCCAAAAGAAGCAAAAAGCCUACUAUACCUCAUGAUGAAGACUCUUCGGAUGACAUUACAGGUUUAACUUGCCAACACGUAAGUCAUGCUGUCGGCGUGAACCAUGUGAAGAGAGCAGUGGCUGAGAAUGUGUGGUCCGUUUGCUCAGAGUGUUUAAAAGAAAGAAGGUUCUAUGAUGGGCAGCCAGUGCUUCCUUCUGAUAUUUGGUUGUGCCUUAAAUGUGGCUUCCAGGGAUGUGGUGAAAGCUCAGAAAGCCAACAUUCACUGAAGCACUCAAGGAGUUUCAGGACAGAGCCCCACUGUAUAGUAAUUAGUCUCAGCACAUGGAUUAUAUGGUGUCAUGAGUGUAAUGAAAAGUUAUCAACGCAUUGUAAUAAGAAGGUUUUGGCUCAGAUAGUUGAUUUUCUACAGAAACAUGUUUCCAAAACACAAACAAAUACAUUUUCCAGAAUCAUGAAACUCGGUGAAGGAAAAUGUGAAAUAGAUAAGAUAAAGAAGGGAAGAAGAGGCAGCUGUCUACCAUCUGUAAAGGGAAUUACAAAUUUAGGAAAUACAUGCUUUUUUAAUGCAAUCAUGCAGAAUUUGGCGCACACUUACAUUCUUACGGAACUGAUGAGUGAGAUCAAAGAAAAUUGCACAAAACUCAAGAUUUUUCCUCCCUCAGACUCUCAGCUGGAUCCAUUAGUGGUGGAACUUUCAAGCCCUGGACCACUGACCUCUGCCUUGUUCCUGUUUCUUCACAGCAUGGAGACUGGGAAAGGACCACUUUCUCCCACAGUUCUUUUUAAUCAGCUUUGUCAGAAGGCACCUCGAUUUAAAGAUUCCCAGCAACAAGACAGUCAGGAGCUUCUUCAUUAUCUAUUGGACUCAGUGAGGACAGAAGAAACAAAGAGAAUACAAGCUAGCAUUCUAAAAGCAUUUAACAACCCAACUACUAAAACUGCUGAUGAUGAAACUAGAAAAAAAGUUAAAGCAUAUGGAAAAGAAGGCAUGAAAAUGAACUUCAUAGAUCGAAUCUUUAUUGGCGAAUUAACUAGCACAGUCAUGUGUGAAGAAUGUGCAAAUAUCUCCACAGUGAAAGAUCCUUUCAUUGAUAUUUCACUUCCUAUAAUAGAAGAAAGGGUUUCCAAGCCUUUACCUUUGGGAAGAAUGAGAUACAGGAGUUUACAGGAGCCAGAUCACACCCCAUGCAGUGCCACUGUCACCACAGAAAACAGUCAUCAGCCCAGAACCAUCAAGAAGCAUUCCUCUAAAGAUAAGAAUCAACUAAUUCAUGACCGAAAACGCAAAAGAAAAUCUUCAUCUGGAGAAGAGAAAACCAUUGUCAUAUACCGGAAAAAUGAAAACCUUGAAAUGAAUGAGGAUUCUCUAAUCAUUACAAGCAUCAAGAAUAUUGAGUCACCCGCGAAUGAAAGCCCCUGGGAUGGCAGUGAAAAAGAAGCCGGCCUUUCUGAAAGCAGUAUUGAUGCUGACAGUGAAGCUUCGGAGUCUGAAAGUGCUUCCAGGCAGACCAGGCUGUCCAGAUCCAGUUGUGGAGCCCGUGUGCACACGGGUGGACACCUGUGCCAUUCAUCAGUUGGGGAACUGCCACAUACUAAUGAGACUGACAGUGCUGGUGACAUAGUGGCUGAGGCUGUUUCUCGACUUCAUUUGAGCAGCACUGUAACGGGAGAUAAAGAUUUUGACGCAGAAAAUCAGCCACUAAGUAUCUUGAAUAAUUUAUGUUCAAAGGAAAAGCAUUUGAUGUUUCACAGUCCCCAAGAUGCUUUCCAGACCCUUUCUCAGAGCUAUGUAACUACUUCUAAAGAAUGUUCAGUUCAGUCCUGUCUCUAUCAGUUUACAUCUAUGGAAUUACUAAUAGGGAAUAAUAAGCUUCUAUGUGAGAAUUGUACUGAAAAGAAACAGAAGUACCAAAAGGAAACAAGUUCUGCAGAAAGGAAAGCAGAAGGAGUUUAUACUAAUGCCAGGAAGCAAUUGCUAAUUUCUGCUGUCCCAGCUAUCCUAAUUCUGCAUCUUAAAAGAUUCCAUCAGGCUGGCCUGAGUCUUCGUAAAGUAAACAGACAUGUGGAUUUUCCACUUACUCUUGACUUAGCACCAUUCUGUUCUGCUACUUGUAAGAAUGCAAAUGUGGGGGAGCAAGUUCUCUAUGGUCUCUAUGGUAUAGUGGAACACGCUGGCUCCAUGAGAGAAGGUCACUACACCGCUUAUGUGAAAGUGAGAACACCCUCCAGGAAAUUAUUGGAACGUAUCACUGGAAAGAAAAAUGUACCUGGUUUUAAAGAACCCGAUAGUGAAUCCGUAGACCACUGGGUCCAUGUUAGUGACUCCUCCGUGCAAGUGGUUCCAGAAUCAAGAGCGCUCGGUGCACAAGCUUACCUUCUUUUUUAUGAAAGAAUAUUAUGAUUAUUAGUGGAAGUGAUUAUUUAGGUCAUUUAUUUGAAUGCUGCAGUGAUGACCAUAAUCUAUGUACAUAUAAUGUGCCUUUGUCCUCUCCUCUCUUCUGUAGGAAUAGCAGGUCCUUCAAAUGCUUCUGAACUUUUUCACCAUUUAGGUGGACCCUUUUAAAGUAAAUAUACUCAAAGCUUUCAAAUCUACAUUCUUAAAUGUAAAAACAGUUUUUCAAAAUAUUUGUCCUAGGGAGACAAAAAAAUCCCCAGGAUUUAUAAGAGGAAACCCUUUUAUGAUGUGGUCCAUUAUUAAUAAGCAUUCAGAAACAGUGCUGGCUAAAUGAAAUUCCUUAAGGCGGUGUUUCCUAAAUGUAAUACCACUUUCCUAAUGUCAUAGUCUGCACUCCUAAAGUGUCAUAGUUACUUUAUUUUAACAUUUUUAGCCUUAAUUUUUUAACCUUAGCCUUGUUUUCAGCAAUAAUAUUCCAUGUUUUAUGUGCUUUUAAAACAUAUAGCUAUUAAAGAUUGUUCAUCCAUGUCCUACAUUUAAAAUCAUCUCAGGGCUAUUGAUGGUAUUUGUGUACCACUGUUUGGGGAACAUUACUAUAACACAUUUCACAAAGCAACACCUAAUAUGGCAUAGUGACCUUGUCAAGUUUUGUGUGAUUCAGUUAUAUAAAAAGGUAUCACUGCAAUUUCAGUACUGUGGGUUUACAAAUAAUAUUUUAUUGAUUUGAGGCUCUGAGAACUAGAAAUAUAUUGAGACGUUCCUUUGCAGCCUGUUAUGGUAGAGUUAAGGAUGAGUUGCAAGUGAUUGUCCAAUGUCAAAAUAUAGAUAAUUAUAACAUGUAGAAUUGGUAAUUAGAAGUUGAUAAUCUGUAUAGAAUCACAAGAUACCUUUAUAUAUAAAAUUGCCAACAUACUUGUAAGUGAUAGAAGAUUAUAUUACUUGGAAAAUUUUUUACUUUUGUAUUUUAGUAAAUAUUAAACAGGAUUUGGCGGGUUUAAGACUUUUGUCUUUAACAGACAUCCUUGCCGGACGCAGUGGCAUGUGCGGCACUUGUAGCACCUGUUGUCCCAGCCACUCGGGAGGCUGAGACAGGAGGACGGCUUGAGUCCAGGAGUUCUGGGCUGUAGUGCGCUAUGCUGAUCGAGUGUCCCCACUAAAUCCAGCAUCAAUAUGGUGAACUCCCGGGCGUGGGGGGACCACCAGGUUGACUAAGGAGGGAUGAACCAGCCCAGGUCAGAAACGGAACAGGUCAAAACUCCCGUGCUAAUCAGUAGUGGGAUGGUGCCUGUGAAUAGCCACUGCACUUCAGCCUGGGCAACAUAAUGAGACCCCGUCUCUUAAAAACAAACAAAAAGAAACAAAUAUCCUUAAUAAGUUUGGAUUUAGCUUUUAUUUCAAUGGGUCAUAAAGCUGACAUUUCUCACUUUCUUUUAAAAUAACAGCAAUGAUAGUUUUUCAUAUUCCAGAAUAUAAAUUAUUAGGCAGUAUUAAGGUGUCAAAACUUUGCAUGAAAAAUAUUACUAUUUUCUUUUUGAAAUAUGCAUUUUAAUUUAUUUUUAAGAAUAUAUUUAUAUUUUUAAAACAGGACAUGUAUAUGUGUAACUUAACAGCAUGGCUGACAUAGACCAAGUCUACACUGGUAAGCUUUCAAGAACCAUUUAAUAUGUUGUCAGUAGUAUCAGCGCAGGCAGAAGUAAGAAUAAAUAGUGGCGCUUUGGGAAGAAUGGUAGUGUUUGAUGCUUCUCCUUUACCUGUCCUUGUAGAUGCUAUAUGGCAGGAACACCCUGUAGUGACAUGUACAUAGUUCCAGGUCUCCACGACGGAAAUGGCCCAACCCGUUCAAACGGCCUCCCAACUUGGCUGGCAACUGCAGGCAUAGGACUCAGGCAUAGUGGGCCCAGAGAUGGGGACUGGCCCAGAGGCAAACUGUAAAGAAACAGGGCACUGCUCUAUCAAACAGAAUUGUACACACUUUAACAAAGGAGCUCCCAGCCUCCCUGUUGCCAGGCACCACCUACUGCCGAAGAGGUGUGUUGGGUGCCACUGCCCGCUGCUUGCUGGGCACUUGGGAGCUCUGAAGCAGAGCCUCUUAGCUUCACUGUCUCCGAUCAGUCAUCUCCCUUUUUCAUGCACUCCACGAAUUUCUGCCCUCUCGCCACAGAUACCUUUGAAUGUUCUUGUUCCCACAUCUCAAUUUGUGCCUUAGGGAGUGUAUUCUGGAGUUUGGCUCUUUGCUUUUUUUCUUCUAGAUUUCCUCUCCGAUCUGUAAAUUGGAUCUGAAGGUUCUCUCUCAAACUCUUAAGAAAAACCUCCAGUUUUCUUCCCGCAUCUGAGCACCCUCAAAGAGUCCAUUAUGAGUUUCAUAGUUUCUUAGUCACACAACCUCAGCAUCAUGGAGCUUGAGUAGGUUUUUUGUUUUUUGGUUUUUUUGUUUUUUGCUGUUUUUGGCCGGGAUUGGGUUUGAACCCACCACCUCCGGCAUGUGGGGCCCGCACCCUCUCCUUUGAGCCACAGGUGCCACCCACUUGAGCAGAUCUUAUGUGUAGUCCUCAGCGUAGAAGAAGCAAAAACUCGUCUCUGCUCGUGGCUAUAAAAGCACGGGUCCCAGCACUCAGCCAGCUCCACUGGUAUUACCUCAAUCAUUUUCCUCAUGUUUUGUAUUUUCAGUUCUUUUUUUUUUUUUGCAGUUUUUUGGCCGGGGCUGGGCUUGAACCCGCCACCUCUGGCAUAAUGGGGCUGGCGCCCUACACCUUUGAGCCACAGGCACCACCCUCAAUGUAUUUUCAGUUCUUCUAACCGAUCCACUUGUAAUUACAGUGACUUCCUGACCUGGACCUUUGACCUAGUCAUAACCACGGCCACGGCUUCUUUUCUGGUAUUUGAAACCUGUCCCAGAGCUCUUGGCUUUUGGCAUGGAGUCUUUCACAUGCUACUUCAUUUUGUGAUUUUUCCAUUUUCAGCUGCUGCAGCAACUUUUGUAGUGAUGCGGCAUUCUUCAAAGAUGAACGGAAGGUCUUCAUCUUCACACCUCACAGCAUUUUCAGAGCUUGUAUUGGGGCUGUGAUCUUGUUCUGUUCACUGCAUAAUGUCUUCAUGUUGACAAAUGCCAGGUGCUGAGAUGCCUUGUGUUUCUCUCAAUGCUGCUAUGAGCUGCGUUACAUUGUCUGAGCUGCUUUAAGUCUUCUAACCUGGGAACUGAGGCACUGUCGGUAUCAUAGUGGGGGCAUAUAAAGAAUUUCAGAGUUCUCGAUCUUGUUUCUGAAGGAGCUUCAACUCCUGCUUUCUUCCACUUCUGUUUUCAUGUCCAUUCCACUUGGGUGUGCAAAUCUUCUAGUCACAGGGUAGUUUUCUGUCGUCCUCCUCAUGAUGAAUGCUCUAAGCAGCCCAGGAUUGAGGCUGCUGACCUGGUCUAUGGGGCCCAAGUAUAGCAGCCACCUGCAAAUAUCCAUGGUCUCGCUCUGAACAGCUACUCCUGAAAAAUAUUACUAUUAUUUAGCUUAAGUCUUAACAAAUAUUGGCUACUUCAGUGUCUAAAUGCACCGGGCACGGUUGCUCACGCCCAUAAUCCUAGCACUCUGGGAGGCCAGCGUGUCCGGCCUGAAGUCAGACAGGAUUGUCGGAGGUCACGGGUGUGAGAGCAGCCUGAGCAAGACCCUGUCUGUAAAAAUAACUGGGCACUGUGGCAGGCGCCUCUAGUCCCAGCUACUCAAGAGGCUGAGACAAGAGAAUCAAACGCUUGAGCCCAAGAAUUUGAGGUUGCUGUGAGCUAUGACACCGAGCACUCUGUCUCAAAAGAAAAAAAAAAAAUCGCAUAGUUUGAGUAUCCUGAUCAUUAGUGCCAAUGAAUGAUACUACUAUAGGCAAGGGCCAGGCAAGUGUCUAUCCCAGUUCAUUCUCUAGGAAGUAAAAGUAAAAGCUGUAGAUAAUAUGUGGAAAUGUGAGACCAACAUCGACUCUUGAACAUGUGUUAACAUUAUUAAGGUUACCUGUGCUCACUUUGAUGUCUUAGUGAAUAGAAUUUGAUUGCUGUUAAAGAUGGUAAUAAUAUACAGGGCACAGAGCUUAAAAAUGUCAUUGCAUAAAUUCUGUUUGUAAGCCGUUAAUUUCAAUAGUGUUCUUGAUCUUUCAACAGUAAAACAAUGGAGAAGUAGCUUUAUAAACUAGUAUCCAAGGACAGGUUGUAUCUUGUGAAAGGUAGUUUAUAGUAUUUUGUUUCAUUAUGAUUAAUAUUGAAGAUUUCACUACCUGAACAGUGACAUUUUUGAAAAAUAUUUAUUUAUUCAAGUUAGCCAUCUUAGUAAUAGCAUUUUCCACCCCAUUUUUCCUCAGACAAAUGUAAAUAUUAGGUCACCUCAGUUUUCUCAUAGAAAAGACACUAUUAGGUAUAUACUUUUCAUUGGAUGAUCACCGGUUUCUUAUUUCAGAGAUAGAUAUAUGGAAAGAUACCUACAUAGACCUCCUUUGCUGACUACUUUUAACAUAUUUUAAAAUGGAAAAACCUAUAGAGUUUAGACAUUAUUCCAGAAGUUUCAUGCAAAUACGAUACUUUUGCUUUUGUUUCAUUAGUGUUACAUGAGCAAAUUCUGAAAUCUAUUUUUUUUAUGGCCUAGAGUUUAUGAAUGCUUUUUCCUUAUCUUCUGAAAGACAAAAAAUUUAAUUUUGAUACCUAAGAAUUUCCAAAAGAUAGCUUUUAUAGUAGAGAGCACGGGUUAAACAUCAUAGUUCACUGCAAUCUCAAACUGUUGGGUUCAAGUGAUCCUACUGCAUAGGACUUCACCACCACACUCAGCUAAUUCUGUUUUUUAGAGAGACCAAGGUCUUGCUGUGUUGCUCAGGCUAUCCUUGAACUCCUGGCCUCAAGUGAUCCUCCCACCUUGAUAAAUCUUUUUAUUUUGAAUAUUCCCAAAGCACAUUUGCAGGGAUAUUGUGAGGCUACUGUAAUAAGUUUCCACAUCACCUCAGAAAACAGUGCAAAUAAGAAUGUUUACAUGUCAUCAAACUACCAUAGUGUUUAAACAGGUGAAUUUAAAAUGGAAGUGUCAAUGGCUUUAUUCUAAACUAGUAUACAGGGUAUGUCCAACCCCAGUUGUCCCUGUUUUUUUUUAAUAUAUAAAAUGAUAAAAUGUGCCAAUUAUGUGAAUAUUUUUGUGAUAAAAUGUAUAUACUUUGUCAUUUAAUGUUUUUAAAAAUUGCAAAGACCACCUUUUUAGGUGGCCAAGGGGAAUGAUCGUUAUCAAUUCAAAGAGUAGUCGGCACCUGUUCUUAUUUUAAAUGUACCAACAGGGCUGUUUUACUAUAUUUAAUAGCUUUUAGCUUGCAUGUGUGAUGUUGAUAAUGAUUUUAUGCAAUAGCUAAUCAAAAUUUUCUGAAGAUUAAGCUGUGAAAUGUAUCAACCUUCACCUAAUUUUUGUAGCAUAAAAUAAGAUCCUGCCUACUUUAAAAACUUCAUAUUUGUAAGUUAUUUUUCUGCAUGAUAUCUGAUCAAAUAAGCUUGAACAAAUAUGUGCAAUAAAAUUGAGCCUUUAGUAUCCUGUACAUUAAGAAUUUUUAGAUAUUUAACAUGUUUUUGUUUAUGUAGAAAUCAAUUCAAAUUUGUGUAAAAGAUGACUAUUUUCAAUUUUGAGUAAUUCUUUUCUUUUUUGCAAUGCUUUUAGAAAGUAGCUAUGUAAUUUAUUGAGCAUUAUUUUGAUGUUACUGUAUAAACAUGCAUAAUAAAUAUUUUAUGUUACAGAUUGGUCCUGGAGUUU